GGCAUUCAGUAUGCUGACUUUGCAGGUCUUUCUGGGGGUUUCCCUUUGUGCUCUGCUGAUUCUGGGUACACAUGGCUCUCCAGUUAAAGGCUCAGAAUUCCAGGAGCAUAGUGGCAGUGGUUCAUAUACUGGAGGCCGUCAUCAUCAAGGAGCUGGCAGCCAUUAUGCACCGAUGUAUUCUGGACAAACUUUAGGUGUGAGCUCUAUGCCUGGAGCAGGAUACCCAGCUGAAUAUCUCAGUUCAUCACAGACUGAAGCUGCCCAGUCUAGUCUACCUGAAACCAAGUGGUCUGUGGAGCCUAAAAUCUUCUCUGAAGAGGGAUUGGCCAACACUGAAGCUGUCGGCUCCAGUGACUUUGUCCCAGCUCCCCAUCCUCCUGUACCAUAUGGUCCUGUCCUCCAGUCUGGGGAGACUUCCAAUGUUGUGAAGGAAGCUGAACUUGGGAACUACCAGCAGGAAACUGAGGAACUUGGUUAUGCAAACAAUCAUAUGAUGCCUGGUUAUGCAAGUCCAUUUCUGCCAAUUGUUGGUGGCUUGGGGGGUUACCCUGGUCCAUACCCGUAUCUUUAUCCAGCAUUUGACUUCAGGCUCCUGUAUGGUCUGUACCCUCCUGGCACCUACACCACCUUCAGCAAAAACCAUGAGAAGGGCAAGGACUACUAUCAAGAUGUUCACUACUUGAGAGAACAUGGGCCUGUUCCUUCAGAUUUUCCCAGCAGACCUGGAGAGCAGAAGAUCAUCUUCCCAAGGGUACCUCAAAGCUCCUGAAUUUGAGGCAAUGCUUAGCGAGUUGAGCAUUUUAAAUAUUUCCUUAACUGACAUAUGAAAAUUAAAAGCUAAUGCACAAUAAAAUUGUUACCAACA